CUCCCGUAGAAACCACGAGGGAAGAAGACGAACAACAACGACAACAAAGUCAGCGACAGAGAAAAAGAAGAAGAAGAAGAAAGAAGCGAUUGGAUUGGGAAUAAGGGAGGAGAAGAUGUUACCGACGACCUCCAGAUCUCGCUCUCAAUCUUCUUCGUCCCGAGCUAAUCCGAUGUUCCUUCAGUACUUUCGUCGCAUCGUCAAGUGGCAGCAAAUGGAUAUUGAAUAUACUUUUUGGCAAAUGUUUCACUUAUGCACAUCACCGAAAGUUGUCUACCAGCACACUAAAUAUCAUAAACAAACUAAGAACCAAUGGGCACGUGAUGACCCUGCUUUUGUUGUGAUCUGUAGCAUGCUUCUUGCUGUUGCAACCAUAGCCUAUUGUGCCGCGUAUGACCACAGCUUCUCACAUGCUCUCUUCGUAGUUUUUUCAGUUUUGCUUUUCCAUUUCUUAAUCACGGGAGCAAUUAUAGCUACAUGCUGUUGGUUUCUCACAAACUCUUACCUUCGGGAGGAGGCUCCGAACAGUCAUGUGGUGGAACAACGUGUUGAAUGGCUGUAUGCGUUCGAUGUUCACUGCAACUCAUUCUUCCCAAUGUUUGUUCUGCUCUAUGUCGUGCACUAUUUCUUGUCACCCCUUCUGAUAACACAUGGGUUCAUCUCCGUAUUGCUGUCGAAUCUGCUUUUCAUGGUCGGGGCUUCUUAUUACCAUUACCUGAACUUUUUAGGAUAUGACGUGCUUCCCUUUCUGGAGAGAACAACGUUCUUCCUCUACCCAAUCGGGAUAGUAAUCGUCCUCUCGCCUAUUCUGAUCUUAAGCAGCUUCAAUCCUUCAAGAUAUUUUAUGAACAUCUACUUCAGCCAGAUUUUGUAAUGAGUUGCUGAGCUUAACAAUGGUACAAUACCCCCCGAUAUGCCAUACUAUCAGAGUAACAGUGAUCCCAUGGGCUCUGCACAUAAGGCCGAAGGAAUACAGCGGGUAAGAUUUUUCUGAAGAUUUUUCUGAAUCAAAGCAGAUCGUGUUACGGGAUGGCAUAUGGGUAUGGUGGUACUACAAAGAUCAAAACUAGAACAGAGUAGUGAACGUGAAAAUUUGUUUUUUGUGGUGUCUGACACAAUACUUGAUCAGUGAUUGUGGAGUGACACAAUACUUGGUCUCAUAUUUUGCCAAUCUUCUCUGUUGUAUUGUUUUCAUGUGGUGUGGGUUUAAAUCAUUUCAUUCAUGUUUCUAUAAUCAAUUUUUCUUUGAUACA